UUCAUUUUCCCUACUAUUGCCAGAGUGGCUUUGAUCCAAAGCUGUUUCCUGAACCAGGUAACACAGCUAAAUGGUGACCUUCUUCCCACAGGGUUUCCGCUACGAGGAAAAGGAGGGUCAGCGCUGCAAUCAGCGUCAGCAAGUGGCUCAUGUGGCAAACUUUACAUUUGGCACUGUGACCAUUGAGGUUGGAAAGAGUUAUAAAGCACCAUAUGAUAACUGUACUCAGUACACAUGCACCGAAUCAGGGGGCCAGUUCUCCUCGACUACUACAGUUAAGAUUCCUGAAGGUGGCUUGAAGAACCGCAUAUCCCAAAUAUCUCAACCUAGAAGCCAGUCUCACCGAUAG